CAGCCGUGCUCUGUGCUCGGUAUGGAGUGCUUACCUAUAACUACGUUGGCUAACCGUGACUUUCUCUGCAUCUAAAUACUUGCAUCAACUGGGAUCUUCCUGAAUACAGCCAGCUAUGGAUGACAGCAUUGAUGUGGACGAUCUUUUUGGUGACCCCAAUUCCUUGGAGUUGGGCCUUGCCGCCCCUACACCGACCUGGAAAGGUUUAUCUCAAAGAUUUGACGAGUUACGGCUUUCGGGAUGCUGUCGGAAAUUAGCCUGGUCAAAACUGGGUGCGAUCGCGUAUAUCUCCAAUGACGGCCAAAAGGUCUUCUUACAAAAUAUCCUUUGCAACGCAGAUGAUGGUGAAUGGUCCUUAUGUGAUGGGAGGUUUCGCUGUAAAAUAGCAGAAGCACAAAGUGGCCAUACCUUUAUUCACCUCUGCUGGCAUGAAUCAGGAUCUGAUCUUGCAAUUGUGGAUUCUUGUGGCCGAGUCAUGAUUGUGUCCAUGUCCAUUGCACUUAAUGCGUUUGCUGUCUCACGCUCAAUAGUCAUUGACCCCGAUGAUGAUGGUAACCAGCCAGUUGGUUUGAUGUGGCUUGGUGUGAACCGGCCUGUGCAUGCAUUCAAUAAAGCCUCCAAAACAAAUGGUCGAUGGGUAUAUUCUCGUUAUGUCCGUCGCCCCCUAGGUCCAUUUCAUCCACUCAACAAAUCCGCUUUGGUAUGUGUGACUCGAUCGGGUCAUAUUAGACUUCUAUACCAAAGCCAGGACCCCAAGUGGAAUGAAGUACACGUGGAUCUGCAGACCGUUUCAUGUUCCGACGAUAUCUUGACGCAUGCUGCGCUUUCCGCUUCUCAAGGUGGGUCGAUCUUAAUGGUCACGUACUCUACGCAACAUAGGCUUUUUGUAUAUCGUGUCCAGAUCAAAUGGGACGCCGCACCCGUUGAUACAACACAGCAACAGCCAGUUGGUAUUAGUGUGGCACAGACACCAACAAUCCAAAUAACUCAUAUUAGGACCGAAAUUCAGAGAAGUGUGUUCCAAAGGGCUGACAAUGAUUAUGAACGUUCGCCCUCUGCCAGGGUGAUGCCUAUUCUCACUCAUCUUGACAUUGUUGGGAUAGCGUCAGAUGGUUCGGCUGGGUCAUAUGUGGAACCGUACAUCCUAGCGGCUUUUGCGAUUCCCGUGUCUGCCUUGGAAACUCAGCGGCAAUUCAACGGCACUUCUAGUAUCGUUCGCUGGGCUCUUGAAUCGACCGGCCAAAGUACCCACUCCUCUUUUGAUGAAAUACCCCCAAAAAGGCAGACACUUAACCUGACACCCAAAACCGAACUCACUAGAUGGGAUGAUGUACAUUUUGAUAAACGUGUGCUUUCAAUUGAUUAUUUUGAAGCUGGGAGCGUUGUUUCCCUGACAUUUGAUGAUGGCAGCAUUUCAUUUUAUGACGCAAAUACCAUGAAUGCAAUUAGUGAUAAUGAGGAUCUUGCAACCAUUUCAAGUAUGCCUCAAGCAGGGUUCAACCUCCCCAAUAUUGGAUGCAUAACUUGCAUAUCUUUUUCUCCCAAUGGCUGCUUAGCCGUAACCCUUGAUGAGGAUUCUGAGCUUCACCUUCAUGUUAUGGAGCAUUCAUUCGGGAUAGAACAUGGGAUGUAUAAUGAUGAACAGUUUGGUGCUGCUGUAGCUGCUCUUGCUUUAGCAUUUUCACAUGCAUGUAGCAAUGACAGCAGCAGCGACGAUGUGAUGAUGAUUGCAGCCCGAUCUCUCACUCCUGAUACUCGAAAAACAUUUAUCACUGAAGUCUAUCAUGCCUUAUCUGUGAAUGCUGACUUUACAAUCGAGCAAGACAAGCUUAUGAACAAUCCAUAUAUCCAAAAGUGCUUCAGUAUGCAAGCUGCUCUUGGAUUUAAUGGGCAAUUGGAACAGCGCAAUCUUGCUGCAGCUAUACCGUGGUUCACAUUACAGCUGAGGCAAAUUUCCAUUCUCUUUGCGUAUUUUCUUCACUUUAACAAAAGUGGCAGCGAUUCGGAAUGUCAUGAGCCAGAUAUAUUACGAAUGGUGCUCGGCAAUGUGAGGUGGGCUCUUGAUCUGGCGAAGUAUCUUAUUGACGACCUGUUUGAAAUAGCUUCAUCUUUUGACAAACAUUCAGGUGACCAAUCUGAGUCGUUUUCGAUGCUUCUCGUCCUUUCCAGCAUCCCUCGUGCAUUCCUCAAGUAUAUAUGUCGCGGCCUUCGAGGGAUACCGAGCAGUUUUCGAAGUGCUACGAACCUCAGUACUGAGUCCUUUGGCGUAUAUUCUAAUAUCGUAAGGCUCAUCGAAGAAUCGCCUUUGAGGGUGGAUGUAUACGAAAAAUUUCUCUUGAGCAUCGAUAACGUGAUCAAAUACACCUAUCAAAAUGCUGGUUUUGGAAGCACUGACAGGUCUACCCCAGAGAGGGAUUUACUCAUCACUGCUAGUGUACCGCCGGUGCUGCAGCCAGCUGUUGUGACUAUCCUGACAAAUACUAUGACUUUGAUUCGACCAGAUGUUGACCUAUUGCAUUUAUGCACUUGGGACUACAGCUGGUUAGGGAUCGAUGAUGACAAGUUAACAAGGCUAUUCCGGCGGCGGAAUGAAGUCGAUAUUCUCAAAAAAACAAUAACCCAACUGGGGGAGCCACAAGCAAAGUCAAAGCAACCAAAGAGACGAUGUGCAAGGUGUUGUGCGGUCUCCGAAGAUGCAACAUCCCCCAAGUCUUUAGCUUCUUUUCGCUUGCUUGUGAAAACAGUUGUUCUACGGACAUGUAUUUGCGGGGGGUUGUGGAUGGUGGAAAAUCUCGAUACCAUCAGCAGAGGGCCCGUAUCCGCGUGGAAAUAA